CAAGAUCAAAGUCCAAACAAAGUGUUGAAUCAUAAAAUUAAAUAAGUUUAUUUAAUUAUUCAUUCGUCACACGUACGAGCCUCUUAUCACGUAUAUAUUUUCUAUUAAAAGAUCAGUUCACUUCAGUCAGUAGAUUGAAUUGUGUUGAACAAGUAAUAAAUAAUCGUGAAUUUAUUCGUUUUUUAUUCGGACUUUUAGAAAGUAUUUAAAAAGUUUCUUGUAUUUCUAAGAUGGCUACAGAAGUAAGUGCUCCAUCGAUGCCGCAGCUGCAGUCAGUGCAGAAGGCCAUGGCAUUGCCCACCGUUGAGGCUGCCGUUGGUCAAGUCGGAGCAUUCUACACAAGAGUUAAAGGAGCCCACUCCUUGCUUGAAUGGGCACUAUCCACUGCUGAGGCGGGAGUAUACCGUGCAGCUAACACAGCGGCGCCCUACGUGGCAGCGCCCCUUGCUGCUGGAGACGCCAGGGUGGCCGCCGUCAUUGACGAGCUGGAGCGCCGCGUCCCAAUCGUCACAGAACAGCCCAAGGUCAUCGUAGAGACCACCAAACAAGCAGUCCUUUCUAGAAUCUCACCACAUGUUAAUAAGGUAUACACAGCCAAAACUGCAGCAGAGAACCGUGUCCACUCCCUCAAAGAGCUAUCAUGGGCGAAGGCUAACGCGCUGCUGACCACAGCUUACGGACAGAAGGUAGUGCACAGCGUCGAUGCUGGUGCAUCAUACGCCAUGCAGUUGCUUGACCACUACCUGCCCGCUGUCGGAGCUCAGGAGGAAUCUAGCAAUGAAAUUGUAGCCGUGUCCAACGAUCCGGCGCUGCAUACUGUCCAGACUGUUGGCCGGCUGAGCGCCGUCGCAGCGCGCCGAGUGUGGGCCAACCUCGCGUACAAAGUGAACGAGCUUAGGAACUCAGGUGUGGAACUGGAUGUACGUCGGUAUGUCACCGCCUUGUUAGCGGCCCUACAUCUUGCGAAGGUCACCAGUGACCAGCAACAGCAAGAGAAAGAGGAACAGGAGAAGGAGAAAGAAAAGUCCCAAACGGCAGAGCCUGCGCCCCCUGCAUCGGCUACAUCCACCCCUCCCAAGAACACCGAAGAAUCCUCCCCUACCACCGCCAACCGAGUGAAAUCUACACCUGAAUCCAAGUCUACAGAAACUUCUAAUUAAAUCUUUAUAUUCAUUUUUAUUAUAAUUAAUAAUAAUUAUUAUGUUUUACUUUAAGCCGCAGGCGCAGUUAUUUUUAGCGGGUUGCAAUUUUCAGCGUCGUGCGAUAACUGUCCUCAUAUAGAAUGAGGUCGCCAAACAUUCACACUCGCUAAUAAUAACAAUGCGUUUGUCCUUAGUUAAGUUACGGCCACAAUGCCGGUAUACAGGCUGUACCCACAUUGUUAUGGCGCAUUUAAUGUAUUUAUAAUAAUCAAAGACUGUCGAUAUGUCUUCAAUAAUCAAUUAUUUAUCGCAUAUAAGCGACAUAUUGUAAUGAAGCUAUUUUAUAUCAUUGUAGCGAAUUUUUAAUCGCAUUUUAAUAAAAUAAUUUUAU